AUGGCUGUCGCGCCAGAUUCCCUCUGGCCCCUUGUGUCUGCUACAGGCCUCCUAGCGCCAUUUUGCUUGCUGGCCUACAUCUGUUUUCGGGUUUAUUGUCUUGCUUACACGCAAGUAGUUGGAAAAUACCAGCUAGGUUUAGCCUGGUUCUUCAUUGUCGUUGAGUUGUUCCAAUACCUUCCUACCAUUCUACUUUAUUUCAACCGUGUUUUUGUCUUGCGGCGACCCAGAAGACAAAAGCUUCAUCUUGAAGGCGAUGAUGUCCCAGCGGUAGCUGUACUCAUUACCGCGUGUGGGGAGGAUAACGACACCAUUCUCAAUGUUGUCAGGGCUGCAUGCGAGACAAAUUGGCCAUUGAAUCGCCUCAAUGUCAUCUUGUGUGAUGAUGGUCGGUCGAGGGAUCUGGAAGAAAGGAUGUUACAUGUAUCGCGGCAGUAUCCACACGCACACUAUACGAGUCGUGAGAAGCCAGAGGUGCCGGAUUAUAACCAGAAAGCGGGCAAUCUCAAUAACGGGCUGAAGUUUAGCGCAAAGCUCACAGACUUCCCCUCGCCAUUCGUCGCAGGCUUGGACGUCGACAUGAUAGUCCAACCAAAUUGGCUACGCGCCAUGAUGCCACAUCUUCUCAACGAUCCCAAGAUGGGGAUGGCAUGCCCGCCACAGUACUUUUGGAACAUUCCGCUCGACGAUCCAGUGCGACAGGAUCUCGAUUACUUCUAUGCCAUGACGGAGCUUAUCCAUGAUGGGCUCGGCGCAGGCGAUUGCGUUGGGUCCGGGUAUCUGGCGCGCAGGGAAGCAAUAGAGGACAUUGGUGGCUUUCCUACAUACUCGAUCAGUGAGGACACUGCUUGUAGCUCCAUGCUCCUCGGGAAAGGCUGGUCAGUAGCUUAUAUCGAUGAGUAUUUGCAAUGCGGUGAGAUGCCGGAUACUCUGUCUGGUCAUAUCAAACAGCGGACGAGAUGGACCAUUGGGAAUGUUCAAACAGCGUUCAAGAUCAACUUUCGCCUUUGGGGCCCGACUGUCCCCUUCUGUAACGCCCGCCAACGCCUCGCCGGCUACGUUUUUGGUGCAGGAUCUGUGGUGAACAGCGCACUUAACUGGCUGGGUUACAUCGGUCUUCCACUUGCACUACUAGCUGGCUAUCCUUUCGUAGUCUACUACGAGCGCUGGCAACUCGCUUGGCUUCUGCGACUCGUCUGCAUUUGGAUUUUUGCUGAUACGGCGCACAAGAUGAGUCUGGCGUUGUUUGUUGGGUAUCGGGACGCGAUGCGCUGGGAUCAAGCCGACGUUUGGCUUAUUCCGUACUAUACGCUUUCUCUUGUUCGCGGUAUGGUACUUCCGACACGCUUCGGUGGGACAAAGCCUGGAUUCACGCCGAGUGGAAGCCUCUCUCUGGAGAUCAAAGAACGUGGGCCGAGGCCUUCGGGCUUUUUCAGCCGCUUACGUGCGAUACUCUUCCAACAGAUGGUCUGGAUACACGUCUGCUUCAUUCUGGCUUGCAUCCUCGGUGUGGUACUUAACAUUGUACGUUGCUUCGACCCGGCAGAUCAAAUCAGCACUGCAUACUCGGCGGCUGAGGUCGUUCUCUCAGGCCAUGAUCGAUGGGUAUUUCUGCUUACCAGGAUCGGAUGGCCGCCGGUGUGGUGGCUCGGACAGCUGGCCAGCUGUUGGAUUCCGGUACAUUACCUGAUCUGGCCACCGAACGAAGUCACCGCCGACGAGGCAUUGCAACUGGAUGAGAAACGUGGCGUACGAUACCCGAAGGAGGAAUACUCCCGCCCACAGAGGACGAAUAUGGGAAGACCUACCGACCAUGUGACUGCGAUAGUGUUUGUGUAUUCGGUUGUGUGUUUCGCCGGGUCAUUUUAUGUCUAG